AUGAGUGGGUGGGUGGAUGGAUGUGGUUAUGCAUGGAAUGCUGAUACACUAUCAUGUGAAAGUAUUGAUCCAUGCAAACUUGAUCAAAUAUUAGCUGGAAGACAGAAUGAAGUUGACAACAAUAAAGAUAGAUUAUGUGAUCCCAGAGGAACAUUACGAUGUAUUUAUACAUAUUAUCCUGAUGCAAAUAUCUCUGAGCAUCAAUUAAGGGUUCGUUUACAUUAUUCAUGUGUAUGUCAUCCUCAAUAUAUGGGCUAUCGUUGUGACCGGCUAAGAAAUGCAUGUAUAGAGAAUAGUUCACCUGAUCGUGUGCCUGGCAAUGAAGCAUGUCGUACAUAUUUAGGCAAUAAAUGUUGUUCCAUAAACGGUACCAAUUAUUAUAGAUGUGAUUGUGUUGGGCAUUACAAACAUUCACGAAAUUAUCCUUUCUACAAUUGUUAUGAACACAGAAGUAUUUGUGACAGUAUCAUCUGUCGAAAUAAAGGAACCUGCAUACCUAGUAAAGAUAAUGCACAUUUUUUAUGUUUAUGCGGCUAUGGUUGGCGAGGUAAAUAUUGUACAGAACCGGAAAUUAGACAAUGGCUUCCUUGGAACUCGUGGUCAGAAUGUUCCGGUGCAUUUUAUGGAAGAUAUGGUUGGAAACGUCGAACUAGAGAAUGUCGUGUAGUUGGCAAUGAAAGCCAUCAUCUAGGAAAGUGUCCGCCGGGAAAUGCGAUGGAGCUUCACACUUGUACAGAAGGGAAUGCUAGUGAUUGA